AAACCAAUGGAAGUCGCUCAGCUACACUCCCACCAAACCUCACCCCGCGUCUCGCUCUGUUUCUCUCCGUUCCCCAGGUAAUGGUCCGUCAGGGAUCUGUCUGUCAUACCUGCUGUCAGGUUACACCCCCUACCUGUCGCCCGGGGCAUCGCACCCCAACCCCUUGCUGCACAGCAAGCUGGGAGAGCAGCCUCACCUGUCGCUGCUGGAGCAGGAUCUGGAGUACCUGUGUGAGGGGUUGGAGGGCCGGUCGACCAAUCCCAUGGCCGUGCUCUUUGACUCGCUGUUGCUCCCUGACAGCGACUUCGGCCUGGACUACACCUCUCCACUGGAGUGGAGGUUUGAGCCUGAGCGGGCCAUCCCACACCUGGUGCUGGGGAAGGGUCCACCCGGAGGAGCCUGGCAUGCGAUGGAGGGCUCCAUGCUAACUCUGAGCCUGGCUAACUGGAUGGAGCUUCCCGGACUCAAACUGAAGGACUGGAUGAGAGAGAAGCGCAGAAAUGUACGUAACGACCGGGCCACACCAGCCGAGAUAGCCUCCUACUACCAACACUACGUUUCCCAGAUGUCCCUGGAGCAGAGCUUCGCCUGCGGAACCACCGUCACCUCGGUAACCAGGCAGCUCAGCAACCAGGAGGGCUCGCCGUCCUACUGGAGAGUGACGGGACUGCAGCGCCGCGAGGGGGAAGAGCUGGGAGAUGCUUCCUCUGUUUCGGAGGAGGUUCCUUUUUCACUCUUGGCCCACAAUGUGGUUCUGGCAACGGGGACCCACGACAUCCCAGCCAGACUCGGCGUGGAGGGCGAGUCCCUGCCAUUUGUCUGCCACUCCUUCUGGGAGCUGGAGGCGGCCAUCUCCAGUGGCGAGCUCGACCACACGUCGGACCCCGUGCUGGUGGUGGGCGCGGGGCUCACGGCGGCUGACGCGGUGCUGGCCGCUCACCAUCUAAACACGCCCGUCUACCACGCCUUCAGACGCUCAGUCACCGACCCGGGUCUCAUCUUCAACCAGCUGCCCAAAGUUCUCUACCCAGAAUACCACAAGGUUCACCAGAUGAUGACUCAGCAGCAGCACCGCCCGAAUCCUCCACCUCAGGACCACGCCCAGAACCCCGACUCCACCCCUUCCUCCCCCUCCUCCCACGCUCCCUCGCCCCCCUCUUCCUACUCGGGAUACCUGAGCUUCCCGUGUCACCGGGUCGUGGCGUUCAGACCAGACAGAAAGUGCAUUCUGGAGUCCGAGUCCGGCCAGCGGACCGUGGUCCAGGUCUCCAAGGCUCUGGUUCUGAUCGGCGCCCAUCCCAACCUUUCCUUUCUGGGGGACAACGGGCGUCAACUCGGCAUCAACACCAAAGAGCCGAUCACAUGCCGGAGGAACCCGAUCGAGGUGGACCCGUUCACGAACAAGGUGGUCGCGGCAGAGGGCCCGGGCAUGUACGCCAUGGGGCCGUUGGUUGGCGAGAACUUUGUGAGGUUCCUGAAGGGAGGAGCGCUGGCUAUCGCUAGCGACCUCGCCAAGAGACAAAGAGAGGGAGGGGAAGGUGGAGAUGGGGAUUUGACCACAGACACAUUAAUGGACAAAUGGCUGGACAGACAGAGCACCACACAGACAGAGGCGGAGGCUUGUGUUCUGGACUCGUAGCAGGUUGUCAGGGACCGAGCGGUGAAAUGGACCGAAGCAAACUAAAGCCACAGGUCAUGUUUUCCACUAAUCACAGUGUUGGGAGAUCGAACAUUCUGCCGAGGACAGACGAGAGACGUCUCCGCAGCUGGACUCUGGUUUCACCUCAGAUCUACUGUAAAUCUGGUUUGGCUAAAAAAAAAACCCAACACUUCCAGACCUGAGGAAUCCUGAAGGUUCAAACGAGACAGUGACGCAGUAAUGACGGAAGUGACGGAGGAGAGACGGGUCACGUGUCGGAGGACGGUUGACUCCACCUCAGCAGGUCGUGGAUUUCUCUGGAUUUUGCCUUAAAUGACUCUUGAACACGUUCAAUCCUGUGUAAACAAACUGUUAUUUAUAUCUGCUGUGUGCGGAGGCUCAGUUCUGUCACUUGAAACAAAGCUGAAGGUCGUUAGAAUAAGAAACUCAUUAUUUACAAUCAUGACUUUUUAAAAUCAGAUUUUAACUUUUUAUCUGUCACCGGCGGAAUCUGUGGAUUAAUAUCGGUUUAAUUAAUAAGCUGUUUAAAAAGAUGGACGACAUGAAAGCUCUCAAAAAGCCAAAACGUCUCUCUCGCCCCCUGGUGGCUGUCCAAUCAUGGCUCCACACUUCCAUUAGAGUCCAAAUGACAGUAAAAAAGCAAUAUGGCGCCACCUGUACCUGGGAUAUGUGAACUUUCUCUUUGGGAGGAUGCAGAGAUGUGUCGUCCAACUUUCUUUACAGCCUGAUGCCACUCAAAGGAAGGUGGAGGAAAGAUCUGAAAGGGAAACGUGGAAUCGGAAGUGGCAGAGAAAAAGUGCGACGGCAAUAAGACGGAGGGAAAUAGAAAUGGAGAGAGAGAGAGAGAGAGAAGGUAGAAGAGUGAAAUGAUCUUUAACGUGUCAGCUCUGUUUCUCCUCCCUCACUGCAGUUACUUCCAGGUUGAAGUCGAACCAUUCAGUCAAACUUCUUUUUUAUUAUCAGUUUACAACGAAGAUAAUUAACAUGUUUCAUCAUCAUCAGCUCGUGUCCUCAGAAAAAAACACAAACUGACUAUUAAUGAGCUCCUGCGUCUUUAUAUCAUAGUUUCUAUGUGGGUGUUUGUAUUUUAUGAGUUGUUUGGUGAAUCUGAACUGUUCUAUUUUUCCAUGUUAGCGUCAUUUUUAUCAUGUAACUCAGCCUGAACUUCUACCUGAUAUCUUCGUAAAAAUAUUUUAUACUUUACGUAACAAAAGAGAAAUAUACGUAUAUAUAUAUAUAUUUUUAAAUAUUCACUCAAAUUGUUGAAUUUGCAGCUGUUGAAACAUCAGUUUCUCUGAACGCUAAAUGCAAAGUUAACCAGCACUGUUUCUGUAGCCCUGUCGACAUUGAUGUUAUUUCCUCAUGAGGAAUAAAACCACUUCUGUAACUUGAAAUGAAAACAGGAGGGUUUUAAAGAAAGCAUAUAAAAAAGAUAAAACAUGAUUUUUAUCAUUAUUUUACUUUGCUUCCUCCAGAUGCACUUUCCACUGUUUUUUUUUUUUUUUUGAAGUUUUGAUGAUCCUGUACAACUGCUCAUUAAAUGCUGAGCUUUCAUUUUCUCUUGAUUUUCAGUCCCAAAGUUUUAAAUCAAAUUAUUUUUUAGUUCGCACACAAAAAAGCUCGGAUCCGCCCCCUCCUCUGUAUCUCCUCCGAGUCCUGCUCCACCGUGCGACGACAUUUCAUACAAACCGAGUAGUUUUGCGUGAUGCUGCUGACGAACAAACCAACGCAAAGAAAACGUUGAUUAUUUUGUUUGAAAAAGAAAAGAGGAGGUGAAGGAGAAAAGUUAAAGCGCUCGACGCUGUAAUUUCAGCCGUGAUGAGUCGAUGGGCCGAGUUUUAUUAUUUUGUUUGUGAGAAACUCAGCUUCAAACCCACCCAUUAAAAACUUCAACAUAAAAAAACACAAUAUACAAGAAACAAAUCUUAGGAUUCAGUAUAGACUACUCAAGUUCAAAGAUACAUUAAUAUACUGUAUUUUGUACUGAAAACUAUGUAAAGUAUAAAUUAUACACAACUCAAGCUGCAGCUGUUUUUUAAAUCAUUGAUUCGUCAGCUGAUCAUUUUCUUAUAAAAUCACAACACAUGCAGGCGAUCUCGAUAUUUUUUAUUUUUCCUAAAAUAAAACUACAAAUAUUCAGCUUGUUUUUACAUCAGACAAAGUUUUUUUUUACUGUUUUAUGAAAAAUAAUAAACAUUAUUUGAAUUGUUUUGGUUUAACUUCGGUCAGAGUUGCAGUUUUUAUCACUUAAAGAGUUUUAAUCGAUCCCACAUGAACGUCUCUCACACGUCUGACACAUGCUCUCAUAUUUAAGAGUUAACACUUGUUUUCAGACGUUUCUUUUCUCUGGUUGGAUUUGACCUGACGGCCCCUGAUGCCUGAACACUGAUGGUGACCUCUGACCUGGAGGAGCCUGCGGUGCCUUACGGCGGCUCUGAACUUCCUCCGUCUUCAUGUCUCUGAUGUUAUCAAGUCAAAAUCAUGUCCAGCUUCUUUUUUAACUUGUUUGUACGUGUCUUGUUUGCAUGAACGGUCUGAUUCAUACUCACAAUAAUCUAAAUAUACGACUCUGAGUUUCUAUUAAAAAA